UGCAGCCCUGCAAGGAGAUCCUGGAGCAGAGCAGCGAGGAGCCGCUAGGACACCAGGUCGCAGCGCGCGCAGAUGGAGCUGGGUAUCUGCCCGCGGCCGCGCGGCUGCGGCCUGGCGGGACGCCUCUCGGCCCUCCCAAGGCGCAUGCUCCGCGGAGCCCGCUUAGAGGCCAAGGUGCUCGGCGGGGCGGAGUCUCCGCGCACUUCCCGGCGCCGGCUCCUCUGACUGGCGUAGCGAGCAGCCUGAGGCGCCGUCCGGGCGUCUCCGCCUCCUCCAGGUCUCCUCCCCGCGCCCCCGCCCCAGCGCGCGGGCACUGCGGCUCUGGACAGCGGCGCGGGAGGACAGCGCCAGACACAAUUUGCCCAACCUCGUGGUGAGGAGAGUGAAAAUGCACCAUUUGCGGUUGGUGGUCUGUUUGGUCCUUGGGACCCUGCAUUCCCAGGCAUCUAGAGGGAAGCUGGCACCUGUGGAUCCUGAGACAAAUAUGAAUGUGAGUGAAAUUAUCUCUCACUGGGGAUUCCCUAGUGAGGAACACCUGGUCGAGACAGAAGAUGGAUAUAUUCUUUGCCUUCACCGAAUCCCUCACGGGAGGAAGAACCGUUCUGACAAGGGUCCCAGACCGGUUGUGUUCCUGCAGCACGGCUUGCUGGCAGAUUCCAGUAACUGGGUCACAAACCUGCCCAACAGCAGCCUGGGCUUCAUUCUGGCAGAUGCUGGCUUUGACGUGUGGAUGGGGAACAGUAGGGGAAACACCUGGUCUCGGAAACACAAGACUCUUUCGGUUUCUCAGGAUGAAUUCUGGGCCUUCAGUUUUGAUGAGAUGGCAAAUUAUGACCUACCAGCUUCAAUUAACUUCAUUCUCAAUAAAACUGGCCAAGAACAAGUGUAUUAUGUGGGUCAUUCUCAAGGCACCACCAUAGGUUUUAUAGCAUUUUCACGGAUACCUGAGCUGGCCAAAAAGAUUAAAAUGUUUUUUGCCCUGGCUCCUGUGGCUUCACUUGAGUUCUGCACUAGCCCUAUGGUUAAAUUAGCAAACUUUCCAGAUCUUCUCAUUAAGGACUUAUUUGGGGUCAAAGAAUUUCUUCCCCAGAGUAAAUGUUUGAAGUGGCUGAGUAUCCAUGUUUGCACUCAUGUCAUUCUGAAGGAGCUCUGUGGAAAUCUCUUCUUUAUUCUGUGUGGAUUUAAUGAGAGAAAUUUAAAUAUGUCUAGAGUGGCUGUGUAUACAACACAUUCUCCUGCUGGAACUUCUGUGCAAAACAUGUUACACUGGGGCCAGGCUGUUAGACUCCAAAAGUUCCAAGCCUUUGACUGGGGAAGCAGUACCAAGAAUUAUUUUCAUUAUAACCAGAGUUACCCUCCCACUUACAAUGUGAAAGACAUGACCGUGCCAACUGCCGUCUGGAGCGGGGGCCAUGACUGGCUCGCGGACGUCAAGGACGUGAAUGUCUUACUGACCCAGAUCACCAACUUGGUGUACCACAAGUACAUUCCUGAAUGGGAGCAUCUCGACUUUAUCUGGGGUUUGGAUGCCCCGUGGCGGCUCUAUAAUGAAAUGGUGAAUCUGAUGAGGAAAUACCAGGGAAAGCCAGACUGGAGAAAGUUACCAUCAAGUCAAUGAUCAAGUCAUGUUAAAAUUUGUUUGCUUCAUUUCUCUAAAAUACUUGUUUUUCUUUCCCAGGCCUUUUGUAUUUUUAUAUCCAAGAAAAUUAUGAUGUUGAAGAUGCCCAAUUCUCUCCAGUUAGGAUUAGAAACACAGUUGCUUUUUUGUUUAAUCAUGGCCAAACAUGAAGCUAGUAUCUGUAGUCUCUAAGUCUUUUGAAAAUAUCACUGACUUGUAAAAAGGUCAUCAUUAUCAUUCUGUUUAUCCUUAUAAUUUAAAAUAUGCUAUAUUGCCUUUUUAGUCCCCUACAGGACACAUUGACAUACGUAUUGGAAUUUUCAAGCUGUUUUGCUCAUUGGUAAAUCUGACACUGACUUGAAGACUACUCAGUGUAUGAGUACCCACUUCUCAUUUCUUUGCCUUAACGGGCUGUCCAGUUGAAUGGCCUUGUAUUCAGGGAUCUCAAUGACACUUUCUCAUGUUCUCAUGAAGCAGGUGCAGAAUCAAAUCCAGUGACCCCCCCGCCGCCGCCCCCACCCAGCUGUGCCAGUUAUAAAGAUUCUGUAGUGAAUUUUAUCAACCUGUGGUAGCCAUUAUUUAGCAAAUGUUUAAAUUGCUCAGACCAAAAUAAUUUGCUGGGGUCUUCAACAAUAAAUUACACUCAUUAAAACAACAACAACUAUAGUUUAAAUAGCUUGAAGACUGAUGCAUUCAGCCAUCUGUGUUCAUGAACUCUUAAUUGUGUGGCAGGCCAUAAAUCCACUUGCUUGAAAAGAAAAGUCCUGUGGAGAGACAAUACCACUGUUUUUCCUGAAAUUAAUGUAACUCUCAACCAGCUGCUGUAGCUCAGUGAUGGCGUGUGAAGCAGAAGCCCUGAGGCUGCCCAUGAGGAGCGAACUAAUUCAUUUUCACACAAAGGAAAUGUGAGUGUGACUGUUUGCAGAUUGAAGCGCAGGGAUUCGUUUUGUGUUUUAGUUUUGUGCGUGGCCAUAUUUUUCACACUCCUGAUUGUGUCCCUGUGUCAGGAAGGCCACAUUUACCUGAUUUUCUUGCGGCAUGGUGUCCUCAGACAGACAGAAUGACAAUUGCUAUGCUUUUCCGAUAUGGUGACUUUAACUGCAAUAAUAAACCCUACUUGGUAUUGGCUGAAAUGUGCAGACAGCAUAAUACCACUUUGUAACAUUUAAAAAGUCUUUUCUAAACUUUUCAAUAAAACUCAGUGAGCCUCACA